UCUCUUUCGCAUGGAAAAGAAGAGUCGGAGUCGGAGUCGUGUUCAUUGCACGGCAAUCCGCCUUCGUUCGGUCUCCGACGCGACCAAUUAACAGAUUCCUUUAAGCCGACUUUUCUUGCGAAAUGGAAAGUCGAAUCAGCCGUUAUUUUGUGUAUCUGCCCUUGCUCCGCGGACCGCCUCCAACUUUUGCAGUCGACUUGUCCAUCCGCGGCUGCUGCCACCAUCCUCCUCGGCGGACAGGUCACUCGGUCCACUCUCGACUUUCUGUAUCCCGACUCCGACUCUUGUCCCGGCUCCGAGUCGGCGCGUCGGCUGGAGCGCCGGACUCGAGCCGGUCCGCUGACCAGCCGCUCACUGUCCGACCGGCCCGUCGGC